GGGCGGAGCCAGCGCAGUGCUGGAAUGCGGCGACGCGGGCGGAGGCGGCUCAGGUGCUGAUCCCGGCUGCUCCCUGACGUCCUCCACCCGCGGGGUCCUGCAGCCAUGUCCACCUUCCGGCAGGAGAGCGUGGAGGACUUCUAUGAGAUGGGGGAGGAGCUGGGCAGUGGCCAAUUUGCCAUCGUCCGAAAGUGCCGGGAGAGGAAGACGGGGCUGGAAUACGCGGCCAAGUUCAUCAAGAAGCGGCGGCUCUCGUCCAGCCGCCGGGGCGUGAGCAGGGAGGAGAUCGAGAGGGAGGUGGACAUCCUGAGGGAGAUCCAGCACCCCAACAUCAUCACCCUGCACGACAUCUUCGAGAACAAGACCGACGUGGUGCUGAUCCUGGAGCUGGUCUCGGGCGGCGAGCUCUUCGAUUUCCUGGCGGAGAAGGAGUCCCUGACGGAGGAGGAAGCCACCCAGUUCCUGAAGCAGAUCCUGGAUGGGGUGCACUACCUGCACUCCAAGCACAUCGCCCACUUCGACUUGAAGCCAGAGAACAUCAUGCUGCUGGACAAGAACGUGCCAAACCCCCGCAUCAAACUCAUCGACUUCGGGAUCGCCCACAAGAUUGAAGCUGGGAAUGAAUUUAAGAACAUAUUUGGGACCCCAGAGUUUGUAGCUCCAGAAAUUGUGAACUAUGAACCUCUGGGGCUGGAGGCUGACAUGUGGAGCAUCGGGGUCAUCACUUACAUCCUGCUGAGCGGAGCCUCCCCAUUCCUGGGGGAAACGAAGCAGGAGACCCUGACCAACAUCUCUGCUGUCAACUAUGACUUUGAUGAGGAGUAUUUCAGCAACACCAGUGAGCUGGCCAAGGACUUCAUCCGCCGCCUGCUCGUCAAGGACCCCAAGAAGCGGAUGACCAUCGCCCAGAGCCUGGAACACCCUUGGAUCAAGGUGAUCAAGAGGAGGAACGUCCGCAACGAGGACAGCUGCAGGAAGCCCGAGCGCCGCCGGCUGAAGACCACGCGCCUCAAGGAGUACACCAUCAAGUCCCACUCCAGCAUGCCACCAAACAACACCUACAUCAACUUCGAGCGCUUCUCCAAGGUCAUGGAGGAGGUGGCUGCAGCUGAGGAGAGCCUCCGAGAGCUGGAGAGGAACAAGAAGUCGUUCCAGGAGGACAUCGAGGCCCUGCUGUCCAUCUAUGAGGAGAAGGAGUCGUGGUACAAGGAGGAGAACGAGAGCAUCAGCCAGGACCUCCGGCAGAUCCGGCAGGAGCUGCAGAAGACAGAGGCUCUGAAGAAGCAGGCACAGGAGGAGACCAAGACCGUGGUGCAAGUGGCCAACGGCCUCAAGAGGCGGUACCGGAAGCUGGAGAACCACUACGAGGCGCUGGCCAAGCAGGUGGCUUCGGAGAUGAAGUUUGUGCAGGAGCUGGUGUGGUCCAUCGAGCGGGAGAAGCUGCAGAGCGGUGAGGGAGACGGCAGCAUCCGUUAGCUGGGCUGGUGCCGGGCUGGGCUGCCCUGGGGCUGGGGUUGGAUCGUCCUUCCUGGAUCCACAGCCUUCCCAAAUGGCUCCCCUGGGAUCACCGUGGGGUGCUGGGGUCUUGCACCUCCCUGGAGACCCCUGCCCAAGGCUCCCCUUGGGUUUUAGCUUCCUGCGUGCGGCUCUGCUUGCCUUGCCACCCCCUGCUCCCCCCUCCCAGCCACAGAGCUCAGGGACCACUUCUCCCCUUCCCACCCAGGGCCUGGGUCUCACCGCCCACAGCACCCUUCUUUUAUUAUUUUUUUUUUGGGGGGGGGGUCUUGGUGGGGAGACCCCUCCUCCAAACAGCAGCUCAGCGUCCACCACGCGUGAGCCGUGAGCGAGGACCAAUUCCUGCGCGGCCCAACGCGCUGCAGCCCCGUGGGUGACCCUGGAUGUCCCCUGCUCCCCCACCCCCGGGGGCAUCACACCCCCCUGCAGCCCCCCCCAGCCCUGCCUCCCCACGGGUGCUCCCCCCUUUAACAAAAUAAAGGUUUCUGUGCACCGGG